AUGUGUAAGAGGAAACAAACUCAUGGGGAGAAGAUGAGAAAAUCAGGUGAGAAAUUUUCAAUUGAUUGCUGGAUGCAAUUACAAUUAAAUAAAAAAAAACAAAUGCCAAUAAAUGUGUAUCAAUUAAUUGGCUAUUCAAGAUUAUCUCUCACCUGGAAAUUGUCACAGACUACAGUAAUCCCACUAAUUUUUCACUCGAACAUGUAUAUCCCUAAUCCUUUUUCUUUUACUGACACCAAAUAAUACCCAAAAAUAAAUACUUUAUUGUCUCCCCAUUAACUUUCAUGGUAAUUCUUUUCCAAACAAAAAGUAAGUAGUCUUGAAGACGGAUAGAUUAAACGAGUAAAAACCCAUCAUGUUUGACUCGUUUUUUCCUCGUUUUUCACUCUUCCAUUAUUUGUUAACCAUAUUGCUAAUUUGACAUUUAUCCAGUGCGCAUCUUGUAUGGACUGACCCCUUUAAGUAAUUGAGAAAAAAAAUAAAAGGAGAAGAAUGGGAAAAAAUGAAUGAAAGAAAGGAGCACAAAAAACAUACACGAAAUAAUGAUGAUGUUUGACAGCAGGCAAGGAGUUAAUGUGUGAAAAAUGGAGCCAAAUCAAAAUGUUCAUUUCACCGUGAGUUAAGUGUAUUAGUUUUUUUUUCUUUAACAUAGUUUUUUUUAAUAAGCCAUCAGCACGUAUGUACUUUAUUCAAAUCCUAAGAAUGAUAUUUCCAGAUUGUUGAUAAAUAAAUAUCACAUGAUUUCCCACAAUUAUCUUUGUUAAUAACUUUAAGUUGUGUAUACUGCAAUUUCAGAAUAUUAUAGUUUUGAAUAUUUGGAACAGUUAUAUAUGUUUCAUAUUGUUGGAAUGCAAGAAGAUCUUGAAAAUAUGACUUUAAUUUUGUGAAAUCCAUUGGAUUCUUUGAACAUGUUCAUUUUUAAAGAAGUUUUUUUUUCAGUUCAUAAGUUUGUUCCCUUGGUAGCACGUUUUUAGAUUCUUUCAUCAACAAUAAAAGAAAUUAGGAAAAUACUAAAAAAAACUCAGACUUGAUCUAUUUGCGAUGUUUACCCUUCUGUAGUUUCCCAUUCUCCCAUCGUCACCUGUCUAAAAAUUCACCCCUAAUUUGAAAACUCUUUAUAAAUUUCCCGCUCUCCAACAGUGCAAAUCAAAAAGCGUGUAACAAUAUCUGAUAACAUCUCCAUAUGCUUGAAUCUCUAACUAGGUGACACCUCUUUUCAAUUUUGCCGACUCUACAGAAAAUACAGGUGUUUGUGUGUUUUGAUUGCUCAAAAAGAUACCGUAUAUUUUUUUAAGUCUACACGUUGGUUUUUUUUUCAAAUGUCGAAAAUCAUAAAUAAGUCACAUAUUUACAAUAAGACAAAAACAUAUGGAAACCUAGUCUUUGUGAUGGCUGAUAUAUUAUUUUAUGGUGCAACUCGGAGAGGUGGUUUUGUCUUUCUGAUGACACCCGGUGUAUUUGAUAGAUUUAUGAGUUUUGUUUGAAUCUUGCCCUUUCUUUUGUUCGGAAAACUUGUGAUUUUUUACAAGCACCCCUUUCACAUGUCUGGUUUUAUUUUCGAAAAAAAGUCGCAGAAAAUCAUUCGUGUUAUUUCACUAGUGUGAUUCUAUUUUUAAAAAUGAAAAUAUUAUUGACAUCUAAUUUAUUACGAAUUCGCGUCAUUAAAAUUUUACCUCAUUAAUUAAAAAUCUCAAUUUCGCAUUCUUCAAGAAAAUUAGAAUAAAAUACCCUGAACAAACAUAUUUACCAAUUAUGGGCAAUGUUUUGUUUAGUUCUAAUGACCACCUCAAAUUAUCCACCUUUUGAUGUCAAACCGAACACAGACACCUUCCUAAUUAUAUUACACAAGAAUCUCUACAGUACACUUCUCAUCCCUUUUUUCACCAACACAACUAACUUCCCAACAAAUGACACCUAUACCUAGCUAAUGGUCUGAUGAGAUAGACAAACAUUUCCUUCCGGUGUCGAUAGCCAAAACUCUUUUUAUGUACUACCAUUUUUGACACCUUUUUCAAUGUAUGUACAUAUAUAGCUAUUUGUUACAUAAUAGAAAUAAUAAUAUUUUUGUUCAUCUACCGUAUGAAAAAUCCCAAAGUAAUCAUGUUUUUCAUUACAUUUGCUUCAUUCAAACAACAAAAAUAAUAUAUAUAUAUCUUCAUUUUCAUUCUUCUUGUUCUUCUUUUCUUCCUUUCCUAUUAUUUAAUGAGAUUGUGCUCAAGAAAUUCUAACUACAGUAAUCAUUUCUCUCUAUAUUUUCAAAAGAUAGGCGGAGUCAAAUGGCAGCUCUAUUGGUGAAUAUCUACCAAAACAUUAAUCCCCAACCACAACUCAUUUACCUUUUUGCCUUUUUUCUACCCAUUUUGCAUAUGUAUAUUAAUAGCCCUUCCACUUUUAUGGGCGAAUUUGACUCUGAAGAGAUAAGCUGCCGCUUGACCUUCGAAACGUCUCCGAUUUCAAGAAUAAUAAUUAGCGAUAUAGAUUUUAUUUUGGUUUGAGCAUUUUUAUCUUCUCCAUUAGGGUGCUAGAGUGGGUUGGAUUUUAAAGAAAAAUUCCGAAACCAUCCUUUUAUAAAUCAAAAUCUAGAAGCACUCAAAAUUCACAAUUCCAACCCAAGCCCACUUAACAAAUCACACGUUCUAACAUACACAUUCAAAGUUAUUUCAAUCCGACUAGCAAAACUCUAGUUCUUGACUAAAUUGGACCUGAAGAACCAAAUCCAGCCGGAAUUUUCAAAAUUUCAAACAGUUCACCAAUUUAAGUUUGUUUUUAGAAAAUGUUCUGGUUAAUUUCGAAAUUUUUUUUUUGAUUUUUUCCUCGCCAGUUUAAUCCUGGUGUCCCAAAUAUUAUUAUUGAAUGAGCUUAUUUCGCUACAGUAACCCAGAGAAAAUCGCAGAAAAUAUAUCGAAUAAUCUCUGAAGGAUUGCAAUACUUACAAAUUUUAUAUAAUGUAGUAACUUUCAUUUUAAAUUGUGUGAAGAAUUUAUGAAAUUUUAUUAAAACUCGUUAAAAAAUAUAAUCAUAUCUCGUUAAUUCUUUCUAUAAACCAUCAUUUUUCUUAUCAAUUAGUAUUUCAAUACUGUCAAAUUACCAGAAACUCCCGGAAUCAACAGAAUAAACAGUCAGUCAGUUAGUCCAUUUUGUAUGUUUUCUAAACAAUGUGUUAACGAUUGCAGCAGAAAGAGUUAAUCACGACAAAAUGUAUAACAAACCACUUAAACGAAUUAGGCGUCUUCGUUGAUUUCUUCAUUUUUUUUUCAUCUUCUUACUGUUCCCGCAUCAACACAUUAGUAGCCUUUUCGUUUUUUUUCUGUUUUUCUAUGACAUAAAAAGCCCUCCCUUCUCAAUUACCGUAAUCCCCCCUUUUUUUCUUCCUAUGGAAUAAAGUGGGCGUGGCCUAUUGUUUUUGUUGUUGGUCGUUCCAUUAAUUAGUCUUAUUACUUGUAAUAUUAUUUUUAUUUAUAUAUUUUUUUCAAUAGAGGAGAAGACGAUGAAUUUUCCGAUUGAUAUGAGUUUGAGUGAGAAAUGUGGAUCGGAGAAUGGAGGAUCUGAUGAAAAAGUUUCCGAGCAGCAGAAAAUCAAAUUUAAUAUUAGCGAGAUCCUGGAAAAGCCGUGAGUUUCAUUUCAUAUUUCAUAACCAUAUUUUCAAUUUUUGAAACAUGUAAUUAUUUAAUAUUUUCAGAAUGCUUCAAUCAUCUCCAUCAGCUUCAUCAGAAGCAAGUUCAACUGACACAGAUCAUCAACCAUCAAAUUUCAUGAUUGAUGCCAGAUUAUCACUGCCAUUUGCAGCAAUGUUACAACAAAGUUUCAUGAACACACAACAGAAUCCAAUUCUUGCCGCAGCUUCAAUGCCAAUGUUUCCAAUGUUGGGAUUUGCUCAAAACCCACAAUUCAUGCAACAAUUGAGAGCUCUUCAAGGUUAGACUUUUUUGACGAUUGUUAUAAUUGUUUCUUGAAGUGGAAGUUGAUAUGAUUAAAAUUCAUGUUAGAUGAAAGAGUGAAGAAAAGCUUCACUUUUGGAGCCAAUUAGGCUAACUUAAAGAUGGAGGGACAAUUGAUUUUUUAAUUUUAGAAGAUUGUAAUUUUUCUCCACCAAAUAUGCGAUAUUUCAAAUAGUUUUUUUUUAAUUUCAAACAUCUCUUUGUUCAAAAAAUGUUAUGAGACCUAAAUUAUUGUGAGCAAAAAUCAAUAAUUUAUAUAUCGAUUUUUUAGGCUAAAUUUAUCUAUUUUUCAAAAGUUAGAGCUCAAAACUUCCGUUAUUUCAUAAUUUAUUUCAUUGUUUAAUAGGGAAAAUCAAGUUUUCAAUUUUUAAUUCAAAAUAGAUUUUUAGAUAGAGUAUGCCAGAGUUAUACUUAUAACUCAAAUAAUUUUUUGAAAUCUGAUUCUCAUUCAAAAAUCUUCAUUCAAACAAAUAAGUUCAUAUGACAUAAUCCAAGUCUGUCAUUAAUUGUAACACUUUCUCAAAUUUCUGAAACCUUUCUACCUACUCACAAAAAAAACAGCCUCACCUCACCUUUUAUUCAUAUUAUUAUAAUUAGCGAUAAGAAUCUUGGCACCCGCCUGUGCUCAUCUUUUGUUGAGCAACAAACAACAUAACUUGUUCUUUUUGAAAAUACCGCCACAUAUUUUUCCGACCAAUUAAUUAAUUUGAUUUCUUUCUUCAGAAUUUCAACAAUCUCAACAACAGCAACUUUUGAUGGGGGAUAAUAGUGAUGAGAAAGAUGAUACAAAAUCAGAUGAAAAAGAUGAAAAUUCAAUUGGUGGAAGUCCAAUGGAAUCAGAUGUUGAAGAUGAUGAUUAUGGUGAGAAAUGACAUUUUUUCGCAAGACUCCGAGUUUAAACUUGUUCUUUUUCAGCUCGUGGAUCUGAUGAUGACGGUAAUAUGAGCAAUGAUCCAAUGGCCCAAAGAAAAAAGAAAACACGCACUGUUUUCAGUAGAUCACAAGUUUCUCAACUUGAGAUGACGUUUGAAAUGAAACGAUAUUUGAGCAGCCAAGAACGAUCACAUCUUGCUCAAAAACUUCAUUUGACUGAAACCCAGGUUAAAAUCUGGUUUCAAAAUCGAAGAAAUAAAUUCAAACGUCAAGCACAAACUGAUGAUCCAACAACUUCUCUCCAAAUGCAUCGAGCUAAUAUGUUUUCAAUUCAACAAAAUCCAACAAGCCAACCAUCGUAAGUUUAUAAAUGCCCUUUUUUAACAUGAUGAAGUAUGUUCUUUCUUCAGAUUGAUCCCAGUUCCAACCAGUUCUCCUCUCACAAUUCGUCCAGUUAUGCCUGCUGGAAUUGAUGCAUCUGCAGCCGCCAGAUUUCUUUUUGGUUAUGGUGCACUAGCCGCACAAACGCAAAAUAUUAUUUGA